ACCUUUUGUGCGAGCUUUUUUAAGAGUUGGAGAUGUAGAAAAAGCUUUGAAUCUUUUGAUUGAGAUGCAACGGUAUGUUCGUGUUCCAUCUCAAGAUGUGAAUUCAGAAGAAGGCCUAUGGAUAGACCUUUUAGAAUGGUGUGCAUCUCAAAGUGCUGGACCGAUGACUGGAUGUACCUCAAGAACUUAUAAACAAAAUUGGGGUAUUCAUAGAAAACGAAAGAAGUUAGGAUGGAGUGGAGAGAUGAAAGAAAGAUUGGUGUAUUCUGUAUUAGAGCGAUUGAUUCAACAAGUACAAGAACAUGAAAAACUAAGACCUGAUUUUAUUCAAGCUUCAACUUCAAUUAAUCCAUCACAAUUGAUCCCGAAACUUUUUUUUCAACAUUAUGAUUUCAUUGAAUUUUAUCUUGAUCAAUUUGAUUGGAAUGAAAAAUUAAAACAUCAAAGUCUUCAAACUUCAACUUUUCUUAGUUUAAAACUUUUAAAAAGAAUUCAAACUGGGUUUCAAGUUUGUGGUAAUCGUAGAGGAAUCAAAAUUAUAAAUAGAUUGAUAUCUUGGCGUUAUGGGAAGUGAAUCAUUAAAUCGAUUGUGUGUGUUUGUGUGUUUGUGUGUUUGUUUGUAUUUGUUUAAUUUGGUUUGGUUUGAUGAGUUGUUUCAAGUGCUGAAAUUAUCAAAGAAAAACAAAUAGGAGACUUGAGGUCAAGUGAUUCAAUGAUCUUUUUUGAUCCUCAUAUCCUUUUUUUUGGCCAUACUUGUACCAUAUAAUUAAAAGGGAAAGUGAUCAGGUGGUAAUAUUUCAAAAUUCAACUUCUUGAAAAUUU